CAUAUCUAACGCCCCUGCUGCUUCUGUGUGUGGGUGGACAGAAGUGGAGGUGGGGGGCCCAGUGCCCCUGCCCACCCCGUGCCUGUAUCUAAUAUAUAAAUAUAGAGAUGUGUCUAUGAUGGCCCUGACUCUGUCUGUGUUUGCCAAUGCCAUGUCCCUACCCAUCGCGCCAGCCCAGCCACUUUCCAGCUGUGGGUUUCCUGGCCCCCAUGACCUUUGACUCCCCGGGGUUGAGUAUGUGAGUAUAAGCAGCUCCAGACUCCUGGAAGAGUGGGGUCAGUUUCCCCUUUAGUCACCAUCCUCCCCCCUCUCUAAUAACUUCCUGUCUGACUGGCUGGGGUGGUGAGGGGGUGACUCAGGGGUACCCUACACACCCCCGGAUUCUCUGGAAAUGGCAGGGGGCCACAUGCACCCGUGGGAAGGGGGAGGGUGGAGGACUUGACCCUAUGCGGCCCAGGAGAGAGGGGCGCUGGGGUCAGCCCAGGAGAGAGGAGUGCUGGGGGUGUGAGGGCCGGAGCUGCCUGGCCUCUCCCCUGCCUCCACUCCAUCCCCAGCUGAGCCCUGCAGCCUGGCCCAGGGCCAGCAGCAGGCUGGCUCAGCAGGUCUCAGGGGUGUGGUGGCAGCCAGGCCAGCGGUGGAACCAGCCUACUGCGACCGACCAGACAGCACAAUUCAUUAGGGCCAGUGGAGCUCGCAGCACUCAGAGCUGGACAGGUGGCGCAGCCAUGAGCCCUAUGCUGUACUAUGCCCUACCCGCUCUGGGGGGCUAUGUCAUGCUGUCCAUCUUAUUCCUGCGCCGGCCUCGCCUGCUGCACACACCCUGGGCUCCAGCCUUCCGUCCCCGCCUGGGGGCCCACCGGGGAGGAUCCGGGGAGAGGCUGGAGAACACCAUGGAGGCCAUGGAAAACUCCAUGGCCCAGAGAGCCGACCUCCUGGAGCUGGACUGCCAACUGACACGGGACGGUGUGGUGGUGGUGUCACAUGAUAAGAACCUGUUCCGCCAAUCAGGUGUGAACAAGGACGUGGGCAGCCUGGACUUUGAGGAGCUGCCCCUCUACAAGGAAGAGCUGGAGGUUUACUUCUCACCCGGCCACUUUGCACACGGGUCUGACCGGAACAUGGUACGUCUAGAGGACUUGUUCCAGAGGUUCCCUCUGAUGCCCAUGAGUGUGGAGGUCAAAGGGGAGAACGACAAGCUCAUUCAAGAGAUAGCCAGCCUGGUGAGGCACUUUGACCGCAGUGAGAUCACCAUCUGGGCCUCAGAGAAGAGCUCGGUCAUGAAGAAGUGCAAGGCCGCAAACCCGGAAAUGCCACGCUCCUUCACAAUAAGCCGAGCUAUCUGGUUGAUACUGUUCUAUUACCUGGGCCUGCUGCCCUUCAUCCCAAUCACAGAGAGGUUUUUCUUGUGCUUUCUGCCCACCAUCAUCAACAGGACCUACUUCCCGUUCUCCUGCUCUGGGCUGAACCAGCUGGCGGCCAUGGUUUCUAAAUGGCUCAUCAUGAGGAAAAGUCUGAUCCAACACCUGGAGCAGCGAGGGGUGCAGGUGAGGCCUGACCCCCAUGCUCUCAGCCAGUGGGCGGUUCCCAGCGUGGGCCUAGCACAGCGCUGCAAUCACUAUCUGGGUCGCUUGGGCAGGUCACCUUCUGAGGUUCAGUUUCCUCAUCUGUAAAAUGGGGAUAAUGGUUCAUUUAACUCUUCUGGAGAUGUAACUGGUCCUUACUUAGUUAGGGCUUGAUAGAUGACAGCCGUUAUGAUGAUGCACUGAACUGUUCUAAUCCCUGAUGAGGGGGCUGGGCAAAGGGCAGAGAAGGGAAGACCCAGCCCAGCCCACCUCCUUCCAGCCCUUGAGCACCAGCAUGGACCAGGACAUUUAAUUAGCACCGUUGUUGGGAAUACCUAUAUUCCAGGCACUGGUUCUGGGGAUGGAGCAGGGAGCUUACCAGCAAGGGCAGGGGAAGGAAAUGAGCAGGCCAUUGCAAGGGCAACAGGGCCAUGGUCUGCAGGCUUAGAGAAGGCUGGGAAGGAGUGAGGAGCUGGCUCAAGGGGAGGGGAAAGGGAGAACAUCUCGGGCAGGAGGCUGGCAUGUGGGAGGGCCAGGAGGAGCCAGAGGCCUGGCAGCCUGAGGAACUGAGAGCAGUUCUACCAGGCUGCAGCCUGGAGGAAGUGGCGCAAGGGAGCUGGAGCCAGCAGCAGAGGCGGAGGCAGUCAGUCAGCCUGGGAACCCCAGUAAGGAGCCUGGACUUCCGCCCAAAGGGAAGGGGCGCUUUUGAGGGCUGAAGCAGGGGACAGACCUGAUCCAAGGUUUGUCGAAUAAGGGUCACUAUAUGGGGGGCCACUGUGGAAGCAGAGUCGUGAGAAGGCUGAGGCUGCCACUGAUGGCACUGGGACUCAGGUGGCAGUCCUGGGGACGGAUGGGAGUUAACUCCCAGACAGAUGGCUGCUGAUUGGAUGUAGGCCUGAGGGAGGCAGGGGGAGGACUGGGCUCUUUCAGAUGAGCCCUCCCACUCCGCGGGCUGCUUCUUCACCACUCUAGGAGUCUGGCCGGUAACUCUCAGCCAUCACAUUAAGAAAUCUAGAGGGCCAGUGAUUUGCCCAGGGUACAAAACCAUCUCCAUCUGCUUCAGUGCCCAGAGGAAAGGACUCUGGAGGUGGCAGCAGGUGUGGGCAAGCUGCGAGGCAUGGGCAGGCUGGUAAAACAGCCUGCUCGCCAAGGGAACAAGGGCCCUGAUUGGAGCAUUGGGUCAUUUCCCUGGUGUAUAGACUUCCUUCCACCCUGGCCAGUAUCACGUCCCCAACAUGAAGUCACUGAACACGGAGUUGGGAAGAGAUGUGUGGUAGCAUCAUAGAGUAUUUCCAUCAGACACAUUGGACAGACCUAAGUAACCUCCAGGGCAGAGGUAAUAGUAAAAUGUAGUAACAUUGUUAGGAAGUGACGAGUUUUUCAUAUUUAUGACCUUUGUGUUUAAUAUAAUGUAUUGAAUUACAAGUUUAUGUCAUUUACUGUUUAAUAAUGGCUGUCCUUACAACCAAGUUUGCAAAAUUGGAUUUACUGAAAAUGGAAGACAGCUCCCUAGAACACCACUGCGGGGGAGGUCUCCACAGAGGAGGAGAGCCCCACCCUGUAAAAAUGCAAGGCAGGGGUUCCAGGUAAAGUUGUGUGGAAACUACAAGCCCCC